UGCUCUGAGGCCAUGAACAUGGACUUUUCUCGGCUCCACACCUACAGCCCUCCUCAGUGUGUGCCCGAGAACACUGGCUACACAUAUGCACUCAGCUCCAGCUACUCUUCCGAGGCGCUGGACUUUGAGGUGGCGCAUAAGCUGGACCCCGUCUUUGACUCUCCGAGGAUGUCCCGCCGGAGUCUGCGGCUGGUCACCCCGGCAUUCACCUCGGGCGAUGGCCCAGAUGCCAAGGGUCCUGCCGGCGUCAGGAGCUCCGCCUCCUCGAAGGACAGAAUGUCCAGGACAGCCAGGCCAGGCAAGAGCUCAAGCAGGCUGGCUUUCAGUGUGGACUGUGCGCCAGGGAAGGUGGCAACGGUGGCGGUCAGCCAGAGCGGCUGCCGCAGCCUGCAAGACAACAUGGCCCUGCGGCCUCCUGUGCUUGAUGCCUCUCUGAUCCGGGAACAGACCAAGGUGGACCACUUCUGGGGUCUGGACGAUGACGACGGUGACCUUAGAGGAGCAAGUAAAGCCACUGCUGCCGGCCACGGAAAUGGGGACCUGGCUGCCGCAGCCGAUGCCGCCCCCAUCAAUGGCUACACCUGCAGCAGCUGCAGCCUGCUUGCUGCUCGCAAGGAGGCCCUCGCCACACACACCUCCAGGGUCUACUCUCGGGACCGGAGCCAGAGCGGUGUGUCCCUCCACAUGAAUAGGCUCGUGCGGCUGGCCUGGCACGCCUCGGCGUCCCUCUCGUCCUUCUUAGUCCAGCUUUUCCAAGUGGGUUUAAUGAAGCUCAGUUACGAGGCACAGACUUACAGAUUGAAAAGUUAUGAAUCCAAAGAUGGUGAAUCAGAAAGCCGUGGUUCCAAAGCUCUUGCCGGGCAAGGAGGGUGGACAGGCGAGGACUCACACCUCGGUGUGGAAGGGAAGCCGCCAUGUGACGACGCCUGGGUGGAGAAGGAGCACCUGGAGACGCACACCUCCUCUCACAGGCAGCAGCAUUCCUGGCUACCCGGGGCUGAGCGUCUCAGCGUCUCAUCUGCAGGUCGUGCCCUGGCAAGGGUGCUGCACCGGAGUGUCGCAGCAGUGGGCUGGUUCGUGUCCUUGGGGGUGUGGUCGGCGCUCUGGCUGGCUAUCACCGCUCCAGGGAAGGCGGCUUCUGGAGCGCUCUGGUGGCUGAGCAUCGGCUGGUACCAGCUGGUCACGCUGACAUCAUGGCUGAACGUCUUCUUUCUCACGAGGUGCCUUCGGAAUCUUUGCAAGUUCCUGGUCCUUCUGCUACCGCUUAUCUUUCUGCUGGGUGCUGGACUAGAAUUCUGGGGUCAGGGCAACCUCCUCUCCCUCCUGCCCAUACUGAACUGGACACACCUGCAUGCAGCACUGAGGACACAUGGUCCCACCAACGUGCUUCCGCCUGACACAGCUCACCAGCACCGACCCCUCGAGGGUGGUGGUGAGGCGGCUCUCGGCUGGCAGCAGCUGCAUGACAUGGAGCAGCAGGUGGCCUCGCUGUCAGGAAGGUGUCAGGUUCAUGAGGAGAAGCUCCGAGAGCUGGUGCUGCUGCUCCGGGCUCUGCAGGCGCGCGCCGACCAGGCGGAUGGUGACCGAGACAGCAUGCUCUCUCUGGUCCGCCAGCUGGCGGAGCAGCGCAGGGAGGGCACCCCACGCCCCGAGACAGACAUGGCGGCCUCCCACCAGGAGCAUGGGUUGCGGAUCUCAAACCUGGAGGCUGAGAUUAGAAGACUGACAGAGAGAUCCCAGGCCAUCCAGGUGGAGCUGGAGCAGGCUAUGCGGAGGACUGCCAGUGGGGCCGCCGAUGAGCAGCAGCUCCUGUCCACGGUGAGGCAGCUGGAGCAGCAGCUGGAGCAGCUGCGGGGGGAAGUGGCCGGCUGGCAGGCCCUGAGGAGCAGCUGCGAGGACGCAGCAAUGACCCGCGAGGAGGUGGACACCCAGGUCAGGGAGACCAUCAGACUCCUCUUUUCCGAUGACCCAGCAACCAUUGCGGGGUUGCAGCACAGGCUCUCCUCCCAGUUCGUCAGCAAGGACGAGCUGCAGUGGCGGCUGCAGGACCUGGAGCUGCAGCUCCUGAAGAACAUCACCUACCACAUCUCUGUGACACAGCAGGCGCCCAGCCCUGCCGCCGUGGUGGCCACUGUGCAGGAGGCGGGGGUCCCCGGAAUCACAGAGGCGCAAGCACGUGCGAUCGUGAACAACGCGUUGAAGCUAUAUUCACAGGACAAGACUGGCCUGGUGGACUUCGCUCUAGAGUCUGGUGGUGGCAGCGUCCUGAGCACCCGCUGCUCCGAGACCUACGAGACCAAGACGGCCCUGCUCAGCCUGUUCGGGGUCCCGCUCUGGUACUUCUCCCAGUCGCCCCGUGUUGUGAUUCAGCCUGACAUCCACCCUGGGAACUGCUGGGCCUUCAGGGGUGCGCAGGGCUACCUGGUGGUUCGGCUGUCCAUGGCCGUGCACCCGACCGCCUUCACACUGGAGCACAUACCGAAGGCGCUCUCACCAACAGGCAACAUCACCAGCGCGCCCAAGGACUUUGCUGUUUAUGGGCUGGAAAGUGAGUAUCAGGAAGAGGGGCUGCUUCUGGGACAGUUCACGUACGAUCAGGACGGGGAGUCGCUCCAGAUGUUCCAUGUGCUGAAAAGACCUGAAAGAGCUUUUCAAAUUGUGGAACUUCGGAUCCUCUCCAACUGGGGCCACCCAGAGUACACGUGUCUCUACCGGUUCAGGGUGCAUGGCGAGCCCAUCAAGUAGAGGCCCCGCUGCCUCCCUCCCUGCGCACAGACACGGGACCGCUGGGAACACAUGCCCGCGGCCAGGAGCCUGUAGGGUUGCAGGACACAGCCCCCAAUAAACGUCCCCAGACCACCAGGAAGACCAGUUGAGGCUCACUGUCACGUCCACUGUGUCUGCGAUGGCCAUGCCCAGAGAGCACUUGGCUGCCGCAGCUGCCUCUGUGGACAUUCAUUGAUGCACACUACCACAGACACCCAGUGUGUUCUGGGGGUUUGUUUUCCAGCAUAAAGCUAACACUCGUCUCUUGACACCAGAAACACAGCAAAUGGGGUUAAAAGGUUUAACAUUUUCUACACUGUGGUGUUUAACCUAAGACCUUCCGAGGGACUUGGGGGGGGGCGGGGGCUUUGUUCUGUGUGCUAAACCCAGCACACAGUUCUUUCAGGGAAAGAGGGGAACCCAAAUUUCAGAGCUCUUAGCACCUUCCCUUUGGGUGGGUGGGGGGGCCUCCUAUACUUGCCAGCAGCGGUGGUUGUAGAUUUCAGGUGGGGUUCGGGGAGCUGCUGCCGAGGACACCAGCGGGCCUCCCUGGGCUCGCUGAGC